CUCUACAGAACCAAAUCGGCCUUGCAAUUGGGUUUCUUCCUACUAAUCCUCCUCCUCCUUUUUCUAACCAACCUCUUCAAUCCAUUCAAUACCAAGCUCCAUCCAGCUCUGCAGUCCUGCAAGGUCCUCCGCAACUUGGCGCACGUAGCUACAGCGGUCUCCGCAGCAAUCAAGCAUCCAGACAACAACUAGACAGACAGCCACCGUCUGCCAACAACAUACAAUCACCCUCACAAAUACACAAACUCUCUAAAACUGGCGCUCCCCGGUCUUUUUUAGAAUAACGCUCAUCACCACCUCCGGAGCCCAUCAAGCUGACAGCCGGAUGGAUAGGCUCCAGGUCCGGCCAACUGAGUUCAGCUCGGUCAAGGCCAAAGCUAUUGAAGAUGCGCGGCAAAUGCAGGCUACUGUGAUUGAAUUGGCUAACAAGGCUGGCAAACCUCCCCCCAAGUACGCUCUCUUGGAGCUCAUUGGCAAAGGGAGUUUUGGUCGGGUGUACAAGGGAAAAGAUAUGACUUCGGCAGACAUUGUGGCAGUGAAGAUCAUAGAUAUUGAUGAGAGUGAUACUGUUAACCCUCGGAACGCAGACUCGUAUAGCGAGUUUCUUAAAGAGGUCAACGCGUUAAGGAUUUUGAGUGACAACCGCGCCCGCAACAUCAAUCAUGUUAUCGAGGCUUUGCCAGUGGGGCAGUCAAUGUGGAUGAUUACAGAGUAUUGCGGUGGUGGGAGUAUUGCCACACUUAUGAAGCCUACUGCUCCCGGUGGGCUACAGGAGAAGUGGAUUAUACCAAUACUACGAGAAGUAGCUGAAGCCAUUAAGUGGGUUCACCAGGCGGGGAUUAUACACAGAGAUAUCAAAUGCGCAAAUGUUCUCAUCACCGAGGAAGGAGGUGUACAGCUUUGCGACUUUGGCGUGGCAGGAAUUAUCGAGAACAAAUUAGACAAGAGAUCCACAGUCAUCGGUACACCACAUUGGAUGGCUCCAGAAUUAUUCUCACCUACGCCCAGCUACGGGAAAGAAGUCGAUAUAUGGGCCUUUGGAUCUAUGGUGUAUGAGAUGGCAACUGGGCUUCCGCCAAAUGCCGCAAACCUCAUCCCUUAUGAGCGCUUAGGGUCUCAUUUGAAGAAUCACGUUCCAAGACUAGAGGGGGGAAACUAUUCUAACGACCUGCGAAGCCUCGUAGCGUACUGUUUAGAGGAACUUCCUACUGCACGGCCGACUAUCGAACAGGUACAAAAGCAUCCAUAUAUCUACAAUACGAGCUCAAGAUACCCUGCAUCAUCACUGACGCAUCUUGUCAGAGCAUUCAAGAUGUGGGAAGACCAUGGAGGAAGCAGAAAGUCACUGUUCAUGCUGGGUGGUGCUCAAGGGCCGUCGGCGGAAGGUUCAUCGAGUUCGCUACUUGAUGAUGAGUGGAACUUCAGCACAACUGCGUCCUUUGAUCAGGAGGUGUCCCGAGAAUCCACCGCUCAGGAUGUCUACGAGGCAUAUGGGACCUCGGUUGAAUUAGAUGGGUUCUUCUCGGAAGAAACUUCUCGUCCCCAAAAACCGCAAGCCCAAAAACAAUCGAGGCGAAGACCUCCUCCGGAAGCCCUAGCGCGUAUUCCAGCGCCCCUCGAAAAGAUAUUCGAUCCGAAUACCCUUUCAAAUUAUGAAGAUAAUAGUCGAAACCAUUACGGCCGACAAAUGCAGCAGCCGGCCUCAGAUUUACCCCUUCGAGACGAUUCUGCUCAGACCUCUAUCAGAGACACGAUGAUUGAUCUAGGCGGACACGAUUCGGAUACUGGUCUGUCUAGCUUCCCUGACAUGGAAACAAUUAGGGCUGGCCGACGUACUCAAGAAGAGAGUGACGACGAAUAUGCCUCUACUUUACAUGACUUUAGCCGACCGGCCCUCAGCGAUCCCGCGGAUGUCAACCCUAACCGUCGUACACAAGACUGGAAAUUUCCCACUAUGGUACCACCUGCUUCUGCAGAUCCUGAAGUGUCACGAUUUCCAAUGGUCUACGAUGUGCCAUAUCCCAGUGUGACCCCCGGCUCUGGUGAUCGUCCUGCUUUAGUUCACCAUCCAACAGAGCCCCUUGGUGCAUUUGGCGGUGGACUUAUGGGCCAGUCACAACCUACCCUGGACCGGCUGUCUAUGAGAGAGUCAUUGAUUGACCUAGACAUGAGCAUGCCGGAUGUAAUACCUGAUAUCUUUCCCAGCGACGGUCGGCCAUCCACAGCUUCCUCGGAUGUUGAGUCUGAGACGAGUGACGUGACUACAUCAACUAAUCCAUUUGCGCUCGAAAGGCAUGUUUCCUUGAUCCAGCCACAUUCUGCUCUCCAUGCAGAUCAAGUCGAUUCUUCUAUCUACAUCACCGAAGAAUCCAUUAUGCCAACGCAUCUGCAGUCCGCGAAUCCAGUGAAUGAUUUGGCAGAAAUUUCGGCCUUUUCAGCUUCAGAUGCAGAAGGUCAAAACGGAUAUAAUAAUGGGGAUAUGCAAUCUUCAACAUAUGGAGCAACAGUCUUCUCCGAUUCCGAAUCCGGGCCCAUGCCACCUCAACUACGCCCCCCCAAAACACCUCCACGACGUUCGAGUGAUCAACCUUACGCAUUUGCUCACUUUCCAGAGUUACCUAAUCCUCCAUCUGAACGAGCACUAUCUGGUUUGGCCUCCAAUGAAGAGAUGAAGGAUGAGUUUAAUAGGAUGCUUGGUGCGAUGACAGCACAGUUGGAGGCAUUUCGUGAUGUAUAUGCUUCAUCACAAAUUACCAACACUCGUCGAGAGAAGAAGGACGGGGACAAGAAAUUCUAAUCAUCAGCAGCCUGAGAAUAACGGAAGACAGAGCUGGUAAUAAACAUCAUUGACUGAGGAAGGGGCCCGAGGCCGGAGUGAUGAUCUUCUUCAGGAACUUGUUUGGAAUACUGCAUAAAGUACAGGACGGGGGGAUACUUCAAUUUACAUUUGACGCGCAAUGCUGGCCCUCCAAUUGGAGGAAUGGUCAUUACGACUAGGCGCAACUUCGAGCCGAUAGCU